AUGGAUGCGGGAAAAGUAGAAAGUGGUACUGUAGGUGCACCUGGUAUUGGAAAUCAAGGACCUCGUCCAUCAAACAAGCGUCUUCAGCAGACGCAAGCGCAAGUUGAUGAAGUCGUAGGUAUCAUGAAGGUUAACGUGGAAAAAGUAUUAGAACGCGAUCAGAAGCUUUCACAGCUGGACGAUAGAGCAGAUGCGUUGCAGGAAGGUGCAUCGCAGUUUGAAAAAUCGGCCGCGACAUUAAAACGUAAAUAUUGGUGGAAGAAUAUCAAGAUGAUCAUUAUAAUGUGUGCAAUUGUCGUGCUGCUUAUCAUUGUAAUAAUCAUGUGGUUGGGGAAUAAAUGA